GAUGUUUCCUGAUUUGUUUCACAAUUUUUCAGUCUGUCAGUCAGUGACUUUACGCUCUGCUCAUUUUUCAGACAGCAGACGUAUUUGAAGUCCAAUCCUAAGAAGAAAACUAAGGAUGGCAGUUUGGGACAAAAAUAUUCUCUGGGGCUUCGUGUUCCUUCUGGCAGGUGCAGUGGGUCAAAUUGUGAACUAUCCACCUCCUGUUUGUGCCAUGAAAGGCUCAACUGUCACGCUCUCCUGCACCUUCAAAACACUGAAGUUUGCUGGUGGAAUAAAAAUUGUGAUUUACAGAGUCGUCUGGUGCAAGAACCAUGAGAUUUGUCAGGGCACCACUCCGUCUGUGUACGACAGUGAAUCAAUCAACAACAACAACAACCCUCGUUUCAGAUACCUGGGAGACAAGACAGGAAACUGCACUUUACAGAUCACAGAUAUUCAAGACAGCGACAAAGGAACUUAUCGCUUCAGAGUGGAAACUGAUCACAGUUCAGCAACUUUUACUGGCCAACUAGGAGUGAAUGUCAUGGUCGAUCUGACUCCAAUGACGAUACGCAGCUCCAGCAACGACAGAGAGUUUAAAAUAGGGGAAAAUGUCAUGCUGCAAUGCACUGCAGUAUGCACUUUCAACCAGCUGGAGGUCGCCUGGUUCAGAGAUGACCACACCCUCUUAGAGACUGGCCCCGCCCUCCAGCUCGGCCCUCUGACUGGAAAGGAUUCUGGGAAAUACACCUGUGGUUUGAAGAGCAACGUCAGCACACGCUCUAAGCCGUUUCACCUGCGUGUGGAGGCUGAGAAAGAGCCUGAAAGGUUUGAAGAAGCAGGUGUUAGCCCGUCUGUGAUAGCUGGUUUAGCGUUGGGCGUCCUGCUGGUUGUCCUCAUUGUCAUCGUGGUCAUCUGCAUCAUCAAAAGGAAGCGAGCAGCAGCAGCAGAUCAGCAGCAGUCAGCUGUGGGCGGUGACCUGGACCAAAAGCAUCCUGAUAACGUCUACAGUAACAUCCUGGGGCCGGCUGAGGAGGAGCCUGCGGAGGACGUGAGCUACGCCGCCGUCCAGUUCCAACACAAGAAGCAGGCCAGGCCAGUGGAGGAGGCAGAGGAGGCGGAAGUCGGCGUCAUCUACAGCUCGGUCGCCAGCAGAGGCUGAAGUCAUUCACGCUCACAGGACGACCGGAAACCGUCGACGCGAUGGUGCGACGUCACAGCGGCACCUGUCGAGACUUCAGCAGCCUGGAGGUUUGCUGCCGUACGUUCAGCUGACGAACUUCAACAGUGUGACCGUCAGUUAAAAAUGAUAACCAUAAUGUUAUUUUAGAAACAUCUAAAGCCGAGCUGAAAAUCCCAAAAUAUCUUAAUGAGCUUUGUAGGUUGAUGUCAGUAUUGUUAGUUUGUGAUCGUAGUUUUAAAAAAAUAAAAACACAGGAGGUUCCUUUGGAGUCAGUGUACUUAGAUAAUGAAAUAACUAAAUAAAUAAUUAGAUAUUAUCUGUCAUGCAUGUGAAUCUGACCAGCUGAGACGGGUUUGAACUGUGACUAUGUUCAUUUAAUUACACACACGCACACACACACACACACACACACACACACACACGACAAUGUGACUGUAAUAUUUAUACAGAUAAUAUUAUUCAGAUCAUACAAAGCUGAGCUGAAGAUCCCAAAAUAUCUUUAUAGGGUAGUUUGUGUGUAAAUGUCUUUCCCAUUGUACAUUUUCUACUUUUUUAUAAAUAUGUAGCAACAAAGACACACAGCAGGUUCCUUUGGUGUCAGUGUUUACGAAAUAAAUAAAUGAAUAAUAUCAUAUUA